AUGGUAUUCUACGCUUAUGCCAUCAGUUCAACCCACACGGAGGAAUGGCGCUUCAUCAUUGCCGCGUCGUCCGUGGAGGUCAUGGACGAGUGGUAUCGCUCCUCCGUUGAGGACGGGAUGGACCACCUCAAGCGAAAGAGCCCUGAGCUUUACACGUACGACUACAAAAAGAAUUACCCCUAUGAUUUUGUUUACAAGGAGGGUAAGGCUGCCAAUGUGAAGUACAGUAUACUCUUCACAUUGGUCCACAACGCUUGGUCGAUUUUUUCGACGACGUUUUUCAACCAAUUUGUGCCAGACCACAUCUCGGGCAAGACGUUUUACAUCCGAUCCAAGAGCAACCCCCGUGUGUUCUGGAACUUGUCUGGCGGAACAGUCUUCGCCUCCAAAGCUGCCCGUACCAGGUUCAGGAUCACCAGCCGCGGCGUCUCGAGAGGGGAGGUGAUUCUUCCGCAGGACAGGAUUACCAUCAGUGCCAUCGACAGUAAGGCGCUGAAGGAGAGCACCAUUCACUGGAAACCUGAUAACACCUUUGUCGCCGACGCCCCGGAUGCCGCUGGCGGUCCUCAGGUGCCCCAGGGUCCCCCGGGCUCGGGUUCCCUUGGACAUCCAUACCCUGGGUACGUCCCAGGAGCUGUGAGCGAGUUCACUUUUGCGGACUUCAAGAAAAAUCUCUUGGCGCGUGGAAAAGAUGUCGAGGAGGCGGAUGCUCUGGUUUCGUGGUUCACGGACGGGGGCGAGGAGUGGGAACUUUGCAAUUAA